AUGUCGGGCCCUAACGAAAAUGGCGAAGACUACCGCCUCACCUCCGAGAUCGCCGUCACCUCCAAAGACCCAGAGUCGAAGGAUGACAAGGACAAGCCGAAGAACGGGGACCCGAUGAAGAAGGGGAAAGGGGAUGAGAAGGAUAUACCGGAGAUCAGCGAGGAAGAUAUGCAGUUGCAGGCCGAGCUGGAGAUGCUCGUUGAGCGAUUAAGAGAAUCCGAUUCCAAGCUCUACAUGCCCGCUCUGGAGCAGCUUCGAACCCUCAUCAGAACGAGUACGAGCAGUAUGACGAGUGUGCCUAAACCCCUUAAAUUCCUGCGUCCGCACUAUGAGGAGCUCGGUACAAUACUGGAGGGGUGGAACAAGGACCUCAAGUCUGAGAGGUCGCUCCUCGCCUCGAUCCUCUCCGUCCUCGCCAUGACCUACUCGGACACCGGCAAGCGCGAUACCCUCAACUACCGUCUCGGCUCCUCCUCCACCGAAGAUCCGGGACUCUGGGGCCACGAGUAUGUCCGCCACCUUGCCGCUGAACUCGGCGAGGAGUGGAACUCGUACUACGCCGCUCUGGUCGAAGCGCCCGCUGAGAAAGGGGCGAACGGCGAGCACAAACCGGCAAAGAAGCAGUACUCGGAGGAAGAACUGAAGGGUUUGGGUUUGGAACUGGUGGCGUUCUUCUUGAAGCAUAAUGGAGAGGCGGAUGCUGUGGAUUUGUUGCUGGAGCUGGAGUGUAUUGAGGAGUUGGCGGGCAAGGUGGAUGAAAAGUCGUAUGACCGUGUUUGUCGGUAUAUGGUUCAAUGCGUCCCUCUGCUCGUUCCCCCAGAUGACCGAUCAUUCCUCGAAACCGCCGCCGAGAUCUAUGCCAAGCACGACCGAUACUCGGAAGCACUGGCGCUGGCUGUGCAGAUGAACGACCGCACUUUGAUCAGGAAAUAUUUUGAUGCCCCUACCAACCCCGUCAUGAAGAAGCAGCUCGCCUACUUCCUCGCUCGCUCCCUCACACCGCUUUCUUGGGUUCACACCGAGGAGGGCAUGGAGAAGGAAGGCGAUGGACCUUGUCCUCAACAGCCAGAAGACAUCCUGGCCUGUCUGGGCUCGGUCAAGCUCUCUUCACACUUCCGGGCAUUCGGCAAGGCCGUCGGCGUCGAGAACCCUAAGGUACCCGACGACAUCUACAAGCAGCACCUCGAACCCGCUCGGACCACCGCUGCUGUCACCUCAGCCAACGCCAACCUUGCCUCCACCUUUGUCAAUGCCUUUGUCAAUGCCGGGUUCGGGAACGACAAGCUCAUGAUUGGCGCCACGGAGGGCAACAGCUGGAUCUACAAGAACAAAAACGAGGGUAUGAAGAGCGCUACUGCAUCCAUCGGGAUGAGCAUGCUCUGGGAUAGCGAGGCGGGGAUCGACCAUAUCGACAAGUACUCUUACUCGUCCGAAGAACACAUCAAGGCCGGUGCGCUCCUCGCGAUGGGUAUCCUGCACUCGUCGAUCCGUACCGACCCCGAUGUGGCUUUCGCGCUGCUGGAGGAGCACGUCGACUCCAAGUCGACCGAGCUCAAGGUGGCGGCGAUCAACGGGAUUGCGAUCGCGUAUGCGGGCAGUCAGAGACGGGAUAUCCUCGAGAAGCUGCUUCCGCACGUGGCGGAUGAAACGAACAGUAUGGAGGUGGCGGCGAUGGCGGCGUUGGGAUUGGGGUUCGUGUUUGUUGGAAGUGGGGACGGAGAGAUUGCGAGCGCAGUAUUGCAGACGUUGAUGGAGAGGGAGCCGGCGCAGUUGGAGAGCGAGUGGACGGUGUUUAUGGGUUUGGCAUUGGGGUUGAUCUUCCUCUCAACGCAAGACGCCUCGGACGCGACAAUCGAGACCCUCCGGGCGAUCGACCACCCCAUGGCAGAGACGGCGGUCUGCCUCGUCGAUGUCUGCUCCUACGCCGGUACCGGAAACGUUCUCAAGAUCCAGGACAUGCUUCACAUCUGCGGCGAGCACGCCGAUUCGCAGAAGAAGGUGGCGAAGGAGCCCGAGGCGGCGGCCGCUCCUGCGCCAGAGACCAGCGAAGACAACAUGAUGAACCCCCGGGCACCGACGUCGAACGAUGCUGCUCCGGCGCCAGAGGCGGCUGCACCUGGUGCUACCGGCGCUGCUGCGGAAGGAGAGGCAGACGCGCCUGCUGCCGAGGAGGAAGAAGAGGAGGCGGAAGAGGGAGAGCCCAAGCCGCUCAGGCAUCAGGCGGUCGCGACGCUGGGUAUCGCGUUGAUCGCGAUGGGUGAGGAUAUCGGGAGUGAGAUGGCUCUUCGGCAAUUCCAGCACCUGAUGACAUACGGCGACCAGCCUAUCCGCGCUUCCGUCCCCCUCGCCCUUGCCCUCCUUUCCGCCUCCAACCCCCAAUUAGCCAUCCUUGACACGCUCUCGAAAUACUCGCACGACUCGGACCUCCAAGUCGCGCAGAAUGCGAUCCUCGCGAUGGGUAUUGUCGGUGCAGGGACCAACAAUGCGCGGUUGGCGCAGAUGCUCCGGGCGUUAUCGAGCUAUUAUCAUAAGGAGGCUGAAACGCUGUUUAUGGUUCGGAUUGCUCAGGGACUUGUGCAUAUGGGUAAAGGAACGAUUGGGCUCAAUCCAUUUUACCAUGAUCGUCAGGUCAUGCACCGUCCGGCUGUUGCUGGGCUGUUGGCGGUUCUCGUAUCCUUCACCGACUCCAAAUCUUUUGUCCUUGGCAAGCACCACUGGAUGCUGUACUGGCUGGUCACCGCCAUGUACCCGCAGUUCCUCAUCACAUUGGACGAAGAGAUUGAAGAGAAGGCAGUCACUGUGCGCGUUGGGCAGGCGGUCAACACUGUCGGUCUGGCAGGGACGAGGCAUGGUAUCAGCGGGUUCCAAACGCAUCAAACACCCGUGCGGAUCGGAACAGGAGAGAGGGCCGAGUUGGGGACGAACGAGUUCUUCCCGUACCAGACUGUACUGGAGAACUUUGUUAUUUUGAGAAAGAACGAGGCUUACUCUGCUGAGGACUAG